AUGCAAAUCCUACUAACCUCACAAGAUUUGUGGGAGUUAGUGGAUCGAGGAUAUGACGAGCCAGCUACUCUCGAAGAUGAAGGAAAUUUAAAUGAAACUCAAAUGACGGCAUUAAAAGAUUCAAGGAAGAGAGAUAAAAAGGCCUUGUAUCUACUCUAUCAAGGCAUUGAUGAGUCAAGUUUUGAGAAGAUUUCAACGACAACAACCUCUAAAGAGGCAUGGAGUAUUCUUCGCAAUUUACACUGUAGAAUUGAGAAGACGAUCAGAGUUCGACUCCAGGUGUUACGUGGCGAAUUCGAGAUGCUGUACAUGAAUGGGAAUGAGUCAAUUUCUGAGUACUUUAACAGAACAUUGACCAUUGUUAAUAAGAUGAGAAGAUAUGGAGAGAAGAUGGAAUCUCUUCAAGUGAUAGAGAAGAUUCUACGAUCACUCAGUCCCAAGUUUGAGCAUGUGGUUGUAGCAAUAGAAGAGUCCAACGAUCUCAGUGCCAUGACCACCGAUGAGUUGAUGGAGAUGAUAGAAACGAGCAAGGGGGGACAUCACAAAGAAGCCGAGGAAGAGGUCAUGGUUACAAUAACUGAAGUUUUGGUUUUCGAGGAAGAGGCGGAAGAGGUCCAGCCAGAGGAGGAAGGAGUCAACCACACUUUGCUCACAAAGAAGUCGAGGAAGAGGUUGUGGUUACAAUAA